AUGAACGCCGCCGAGUACGCCGUCGAGCCGCACGCGGCGGACGUCGCGGCCCUACACGACCCGUACGCCGAGCCGGACAUCGACGGCCCUGUGAAGCUCUUCGUGGGCCAAGUGCCGCGCACGAUGGAAGAGGACGCGCUGCGGCCGGUGCUCGAGGCCUUUGGCGCGCUCGACGACCUCGUGAUCAUCCGCGACAAACUCACGGGCGCCCAUCGCGGCUGCGCGUUCGCUUCGUACGUGUCGGCCGACGCCGCGGACCGCGCGGUGCAGGAGCUGCACAACAAAGUGGUGUUGCCGCAGAGCCUCAACCCGCUGCAGGUGCGGCCGGCCGAAGGCCAAGCGGGCGCCUCGCAGGAGCACAAACUCUUUAUCGGAAUGAUCCCCAAAGCCGCCGACGAGCUCGCGAUCCGCCGCGUGUUUGACCUCUUUGGCGCCAUCGAAGAGGUCUACAUCCUGCGCCAUCCCGCCACGGGACAGAGCAAAGGCUGCGCGUUCCUCAAGUUCACGGACCGCGCGGCGGCGCUCGCGGCCAUUGAACAGGUCAACGGCAUUGUCACAAUGGACCGCGGCACGGCGCCGCUCGUGGUCAAAUUCGCCGACAGUCGGCGCCAGCGGCUCCAGCGGGCGCGGAACUUGGCGGCCGCGGCGACGGCCUAUUGGCCGCUGCCGCCGGGCGCGGGCAUGGCGUUCCCGCAGCUGCAGCAGCUGCAGCAGCAGUACAUGCAGCAGAUGCAGGCGUUUGGCGCGCAGGCGGCAGGGAUGAACGUGGCACUCGCAGGUCUCGGCUCUGCUCCGGAAGCUGCGGGGGGCGCGGCGGCCGCAAGUCCCCCGAACUCGUACAUGUACUACAAUCCGUACACUGGCUUUGCAGCAGGCGCGGCGGGGAGCCCGUAUGGAUUCGGUGGACCGUUGAACGGCGGCGCUGGUGGUGGCGCUGGUGGUGCGACGUUUGACAUGCCGCCAAGCGGGAUGGGGGCACCGGGGCUCGACAUGCCGAGUCAGGGCGUGGAUGCAGCCGCCAAGGCUUCGCGGGCGACCAGUCAGUUGGAAGGCCCGGCAGGCGCCAACUUGUUUAUCUACCACCUGCCACACGACUUGACGGACGCAGACCUUGCGACGGCGUUUGCGCCGUUUGGUACGGUCAUCAGUGCCAAGGUCUACAUGGACAAGAUCACGGGGGAGAGCAAAGGCUUUGGCUUUGUGAGUUAUGACAGCGCGGACGCCGCCGACGCGGCCAUUGCCAGCAUGAACGGGUUUCAGAUUGGCACGAAGAGACUCAAAGUGCAGCACAAGCGGAUCCAUCAGCGGAGCGACUACAUUGGUGUUGGCGGGGACAGCUUUGGCGGUCACGACGACGAACUAGCGAGCAUGGAGUACCACCACCAGACGCAGCAGCCGGGGAUGUACGAUCUCGACGACGGUCUGCUGCCGCACAGUGAGGAGAGUGUCGCCGACGACUCGAACGGAGCGGUUGACAGUCACAGCGGUGUCGACGCGUCACUGGACGAGGCCGUGCAGAGUUUGCACAUCGAUGCAUAA